AUGUACGACGGUCAAGAAGAGCUAGACAAUCUUGUUUGGGAUAAGAACGAUGAAGAUUGGGAUGAGUCGCUGAAACAGAUGCGACUCAAAACCACUUGUCGCCAAGUGGAGCAUCUCGCAGAGCUGAAGUAUGGGAAAACGGCAACCCUAAUAUCACCUUUGAUCAUUGGCGGGUUCAACACCAUAUAUAGGAUACACCUCGAGGGAGUCUCCCCAGGUGUCUUGGUCCGACUACCUGGUCCCAGCCUGGCCCCCAUUCCUCGACACUUCUUUUACGGUAGGGACCCCACACUUGGAUCCUUCAUUAUCCUACAACACGUUGAGAAUCGCGGGAGCAUGUCAGCCAGAUUAACAACACCCAACGACGAUCCCAGUGUGACACACGUUCUGAAUCCUGACGUUGCGGAAACCACACUUCAAAACCUCUGGACUAAGGCAGCACGCUGCCUUCUACAGCUCUCCCAACUUAGUUAUCCCCGAAUCGGAGCUCUGGUCGAGGUUGACAGCGGCUCCUACGAGAUAGCGGGGCGGCCUAUCACCCACAACAUGACUGAUAUGGUCCGGCUCGCCAACAUUCCCUGCGCAGUCCUUCCUCAAGAAGGCGAGACGUAUGGGACUGCGGAUGAAUGGUAUGUCGCGUUAGCUGAGAUGCACCUCGCGCAGCUCGUCUUCCAACACAACGAUCUGGCUGGCCAAGCAGGGCAACUUUCCACUUUUGGGUUUGCGGAGGACGACUGGUCUGCCCAAUCGUCUAAAAUCGUGCCUUCCACCCUCUCCCCUGCCCCGGCUGGGUCCGACUCUAUUAGACUCUGGGGUGACGAUUUUCGGGCGGGCAAUAUCCUUCUGGACGAAUCCGAUGACAUAGCCGCUGUUAUCGACUGGGAGUUUGCAUAUGCCGGGCCUGCACAGUUCAUACUCGACCCGCCUUGGUGGCUGCUCCUUGACUUGGCUGAGACGUGGUCUUCCGGCAUUGAUAACUGGACAGAGACAUACGAUGUACGCCUGAAGACCUGGCUAUCUGCAAUGAAGCGGGCCGAGGGAAGCAUGGGGGAGCCCGGUCCUCUGCCGGUUGCCUUGUCUACUUAUAUGCGAGAAAGCCGGGAAACCGGGCGGUUCUGGCUUAACUACAGCGCAAGAAAGAGCUGGGCAUUUGAUGCUAUGUACUGGAAGUACUUGGAUGAGGGGUUCUUUGGCGAUCGAGGAGACGAUAUCUCCGAUCAUGAUCUGUGGAAGACUAGAAUACACUUGUUGAGUGAGGAAGAGAGGGAGGCAAUGGAGCCAUUUGUGGAGCGAAAGAUGAACGAGUCAAAGGAAAGGAGAAUUGUUGACUGGGAUCUAACAGAAGCGAAACAGCGCUUUUCCGAGGUAUUGUUUGACUAA